GAGAUUCAUUCCAAGCUGUUAGGAAUUUCCCCAAAACGAUUACAGCUCAAGGCGUGAGCAUCAAAGGCUCCUGACGAAUGUAAAACCUUAAAUAGAACCCGCGUGGUGGCUUUCAGCCCUCCUGAAAAUGACGAAAGUCCCCAGAGCCACGCAGGAGCCACCAACCACAAUGCAAAAGCACCGAUUUUCACCAGAACAGGUGAAAUCUCCGGUGUGUCCCCCGAGAAGGACCCCAAAACCCCGGUGAGCCAGGCAUGGAGCCAGAGCCUCCUUAAGAGGCGGUGGUGUGGGGUGAGGAGCUGCUUCCAAUUGCGAGGCAGGCAGCACAUGACAUAAGAUGCUUCGGAUCAGCCUCCUGGGCGCUAGUUUAAAAAUAAAAGCUGUUCCACCUCGUCCUCGGUGCCGGUCCGGAGUGGCUGCGGGAGGAGAGGCUGCACCAAGGAGAUGCGGUGGACGAUGCUGUGUGAGUCAGAUGCACGCAUGGCUCUUGCAGAACCAGUCCCCACGGCUUGUUUUAAUUCAGAUCCUCAAGGGAACUGUGAGGUGUCACUGGAUGAUGUACUGCUCAGCUCUUCAGCUAGGACUGAUGGGGUCAAUGGCAUUGGGAGAGUUGAAGACACUAAGGCAGGAGGAUGUCAGACAGACAUGCUUGGUUUCACAGCAGCAUCCUCACCUCCUGCCUCCAGGGUGUGGACAACACGGUGUGAUGGAGAAGUCAGGCUGAGGAUGGAUGAACAGGGCAUAGGCAGUGAGGCACCAAAAACUGUUCACCAACUGUUCCAGGAGGCUGCCAGCAAAUAUGGUGAUUAUUAUGCCCUUGCAUCCAAAAAGGGGGGGCAGUGGAUAAAACUGACAUAUAAGAUGUACUACAAGGAGUGCUGGAAAGCAGCAAAAAGCUUUCUGAAGCUGGGCCUGGAGCGUUUCCAUGGAGUCUGCAUCUUGGGAUUUAACUCUGCAGAGUGGUUUAUUGCUGACAUUGGAGCUAUCCUGGCAGGUGGGUUUGCUGUUGGUAUCUACACUACAAACUCUCCUGAGGCCUGUCAUUAUGUAGCAGACAACUGCAGUGCCAACAUCGUGGUUGUGGAAAACCAUAAACAGCUGCAGAAAAUCUUAGAAGUACAGCACAAACUGCCUCAUCUGAAAGCUAUAAUCCAGUAUGGGGAAGAGCUCAAAGAGACAAGACCAAAUCUGUACUCUUGGAGUCAGUUCAUGGAUCUUGGCAAAGACAUUCCAGAUGCUCAGCUCCAGGAAGUCAUUGAGUCACAGAAGCCCAACCAGUGCUGCACACUCAUCUACACCUCGGGGACAACUGGGCAGCCAAAGGGAGUCAUGCUCAGCCAUGACAAUCUGACAUGGACAGCAGCAGCAGCUGGGAGUUUCAUCAGGCUGACAGAUGCUAAGGAGAAGCAGGAGCUGGUGGUCAGUUACCUGCCCCUCAGCCACAUCGCUGCCCAGAUGUCGGAUAUUUGGUCGGCGAUGACGUUUGGUGUCCAGGUGUUCUUUGCUCAACCAGAUGCCUUAAAGGGCACCUUGGGAGACACCCUGAGGGAAGUGAGGCCGACUGCUUUUUUGGGAGUUCCUCGUGUCUGGGAAAAAAUGGAAGAAAAAAUGAAAUCCAUUGGUGCAAAAUCAUCAACACUCAGAAGGAAAGUGGCAUCGUGGGCCAAGGGAGUUGGGCUGCAGACAAACCUGAAGCGGAUGAAUGGGUGCUCGGAAGUCCCGGUGGAUUUCCGCCUGGCCAGGCACCUGGUGUACAGGAGGGUGCGCAGGGCCCUGGGGCUGGAUCGCUGCACCAGGUGCUACACGGGGGCUGCUCCCAUCACCAGGGAGACCCUGGAGUUUUUUUUAAGUCUGAACAUUCCCGUGCUGGAGCUCUAUGGCAUGAGUGAGAGCUCGGGGCCUCACACAAUCUCCCUACCUCAGGCGUUCAAGCUUACCAGCUGUGGAAAGGAAAUCACAGGCUGCAGGACGUUAAUUCACAAGCCAGAUGGAGAUGGUGUUGGGGAGAUCUGCUUCUCAGGAAGGCACAUCUUCAUGGGCUACCUCAACAUGGAAGAGAAAACCAAAGAGGCAAUUGAUGAGGAUGGAUGGCUGCACUCAGGUGACCUUGGCAAGCACGACAAAGAUGGGUUCCUCUACAUCACUGGCAGGAUUAAAGAGCUGAUCAUCACUGCUGGAGGUGAGAACAUUCCUCCUGUUCCAAUUGAGGAUGCUGUAAAAGAUGCUGUUCCCAUCAUCAGCAAUGCAAUGUUGGUUGGAGACAAAGCAAAAUUUCUUGCUAUGCUCCUAACUCUAAAGUGCAAAGUAGACAUGGAAACUGGUGAGCCAGGAGAUGAUCUCACUCCAGAAGCUGUUGAAUACUGCCAGAAAGUGGGCAGCAAGGCUACGAAAGUCUCUGAAAUCAUCAGCAGCAAAGACAAGGCUGUCUACACUGCUAUCCAGAAGGGAAUUUCAGCAGUCAAUGAGAGGGCUGUCUCCAAUGCACAGAAAGUCCAGAAAUGGGUUAUCCUGGAGAAGGACUUUUCUCUCUUUGGUGGAGAGCUUGGCCCAACCAUGAAGCUGAAGAGGCCAGCAGUGGUGCACAAGUACAAAGACCAAAUUGCUCAGUUCUACUCAGAGCUGGAGGCACCAACCCCACCAGCCAACUCCCUCCAGCAGUAGUGUGGCUGCUUGGCCUCAUGGACUGAAGCAAACCCAGAGGUUGGUUCUGCUGCUGCUGCCUGGGCUCCCCAGGAGGGUUCCUGGGGAAUAAAUGAGGCUCUGGCAUCACACAGCCCUUCCCCCCCCUUCCCUGCCCCUUUCCUGCUGCAGCGUGUGGAGUGUUUGUGCCCUGUGUGCUCUCCUGGCUGUGUUGCAAUGCUGAGAGAUUCCUAAAUAUCCCCUUCCUAUUUUUUGUCUUUCCAUUUUUAUCAGGGCAAUGUUUACCUUGGAUCCAUCUUCCACGUCACAGUUUAACCAAAGUUUUCUUUUCCUGAGCUGAAUGUAAACCAAUCAGGAACUGCAGUUUUCCUGCUGAGGAGGAAAAAAGGGCAGAUUUCUUUUUAUAUUGUGUACAUUUAAUUACAUGCUGCUGCCACCUGAGUUAUUUUAAACCUCUUUACCCACAAAUUGUGUCUUCUGUCAAAGAUGAUGGAUGCUCUGUGACCACACGUGCUGCCUCAGCAUGCAUGUGGAACCUCAUGUUUGUAUGUGCAAUAUUUUGAGUCUCUUUUACCUUUUUGAGUUCGAAUGAAGCCAUAAAUUGUAUUGUUCAAGUAGUAGAUGUGUUGCCUGUGUCCUGAAAAGUGUUUUCCACAAAGGGAUUAUUUUUAAGGAUGUCUGGGAGCUCUGUCAGGGCUUUUCCAGUCCUUGUGGUGCUGGAAGGGCUGGGCUGAGGCUUUGGGCCAGCACCAGGGAGGAGAUGGUGCUGGGACACAGGGUCCUGGUGCUUCUGAGGGUCU